AGUUCCUAGCAUGGAAGGAGGGGAGAUCUCCAGUCGAAGUAAUACGAGAAAAAAAAGGUUUUGAGACUUUUAAAUUGGAUAUUUCAUGAGCAGGACUUCCGAUAGUGUCAUGAAGUACGUUUGGUUGCACUCGCAGAAGGGCUUGGUCCUGUGCAGCAGUAUCACCGGUUCAUCUGUAGAUUGUGGACAGCCAGCUGAUUCACAACAAUGCUGACUGCAAAAUAAAAUCUCACCAGCAAUGUUAACCUGAAACGUCUCUUAAAGUUUAACUUGAGAAGAUGUCCGAUGUCACCAAGACCGUCCAAAAAUGGCACGCAAGUUUUAAAAAGGGCACGGACUUUGAUUCGUGGGGGCAGUUGGUGGAAGCGAUUGAUGAGUACCAAAUACUUGCAAGGCAGCUGCAGAAAGAGGUCCAAUCAUCAAAUUCGCAUGAUUUCACAGAGGAACAAAAGAAAACCCUAGGAAAGGUUGCAACAUGUCUUGAAAUGCGAAGUGCGUCCCUACAGUGUACACAGUCUCAAGAAGACUUUAAGUUAGAGGACCUGAAGAAACUGGAACCCUUUAUCAAGAAUAUUUUUACCUACAACAAAGAUUUUCCUUUUGAUGUCCAACCAGUGCCUUUAAGGAAAAUUCUUGCCCCGGGUGAGGAGGAGAAUCUGGAUGUUGAAGAGGAAUUUGAUGCAGCCACUGGAGCUGGAUCAACACAGUCCUUCCCUAGAGGAGUCCCAGGUACUUUAUUACCACGACUUCCCUCAGAGCCAGGAAUGACUCUACUCACUUUAAAAAUUGAAAAGAUUGGUCUGAAAGAUGCAGGGCAAUGUAUCGAUCCUUACAUGACAAUUAGUGUAAAAGAUUUGAACGGUGUUGAUUUGAACCCUGUUCAAGACACUCCAGUGGCAACACAGAAAGAAGACACAUACAUUCAUUUCUGUGUAGAUGUGGAAAUUCAAAAACAUCUUGAAAAACUUCCAAAAGGUGCAGCUAUAUUCUUUGAAUUCAAACACUACAAGCCCAAGAAGAGGUUCACCAGCACUAAGUGUUUUGCCUUCAUGGAGAUGGAUGAGAUUAAACCCGGUCCCAUUGUGAUAGAGCUGUACAAGAAGCCAACUGACUUCAAGAGGAAGAAACUCAACCUCCUUACAAAGAAACCUCUCUACCUUCACCUUCAUCAGACUUUGCACAAAGACUGAGCAGGCACAUGGACAAACCUUCAUCAGACUUUGACACGAAGGGACAACAGUUUUUUUUUCGCCCACUUGCCAGCCUUUUUGUUAUCUGAUUAAAGUUGGUGCAUCUCUCUACCUUCACAGCAAUACCAAACUCUGGAUUCCAGACUUCUGGGUUUUCAGCUUUGGAAUUUCAGACAUAGGCUUAUAUCACAAUACUUCACAUCUAAGUGUCCAUCCAAUAAAAGAGAGAGAAAGGCCACUGGGAACAAGUAUGUCAUCUUUCCAUGUUUUUUACUAUCUCACCCCUAGUCCUUUAAAGCUACCACUAAAGAAUCAAAGAGGACACUGACAUUGGCCUUUUUAAAUCUGACAAGAUACGCACUGACCGCAUAUUUAUCCAAUGACAAUGGACCACUGUCAUCUGAUUGAAGAGAUAGGAUUAAUUCAGCCAUGUGUUCUGAGGUUAAAACAGAACCACUUUCAUGAAGUGUACAUGUAAUGCUUUUAAUGACUUCAGACCCCAUAUUGCUCCAAGGCUUUACUCUUUAACUUCCUGAUGGAAGGCUACACAGCAAAAAAUGUGAUCCAUAGGUAAAUAUCUGCAUACCAGCAAUCUAAUACAAGAAGUGUUUCACUGCCAAGUAUUACUAUUCUAUGGAUGAAACAUUUUAAUAAAUGACACGUUAUGUCCCACCAAUUGACAGUAAUAUGAGAUGUGCAAUAAGUUAAAAAAGCCAGUAGACUAUAUAAAGGAAUGGGCUUCAGUAGAACUAAAAGGUGUAGUUAAACUGAAGUCAGCGUUUUCCUCCAUUUAUAAUGUCCAAGUAGGAGAUUCUACGUUAUAAGUUACAGACAAGUGACAAAUUGAUGGAAAAAGCAACAUGAAGUGUUUUAGUAAUGUGUCGCCAGAACAGCUUCAAGGUGCCACGGCAUAGAUUCUACAAGUCUCUGAAACUGUACUGAAGGGAUGAAAGACCAUUCUUCUAAAAGAUAUUCCCUCAAGUUCUUUAUUGAUCAUGAUUGUGAAGAGUGAUCAAAAUCUUUCGUAAGUGUUCAAUCGAGCUGCAAUCUGGUGACUGAAGGCCAUAGCAUGUGAUUGUACAUCAUUUUCAUUAUCAAAUAAUUCAUUGACCCCUGAUGUCCUGUAAAUGGAGGCAUUGUUGCCCUGGAAGAGACCACUCUCAACAGGAUAGAAAUGUUUUAACAUGGCAUACAAGGAAAUUAGUCAUAACAAAUUUUUGUUGAUUUGCAGUGACCCUUUUAAGGGACAAUUGACCUGUGCCAGCAAAAUGCCCCCGAUGCAUAAAAGUGCCUCCUCUCUAUAGGGGUCCAGCAUUCAGGCCUGUUCCAUUCUCUUGGUGUGUGCCACACAUGCACUCUCCAUCUUGUGGAAAAUAAAUUGAUGGAUGACUCA